AUGUCCGCGUCGAACCCCAACUCUGCUAUUUUCAUGACGGAUACCCCUAAGCAGAUUAAGACCAAGAUCAACAAGUUCGCCUUUAGCGGCGGCCAAGAGACGCUUGAGCUUCACCACGAUGACGAGAAGCUCAAGACGGUUUACAGCGACUACAAGAAGGGCGAACUCCUCACGGGUGAGCUUAAAAAGAUGGCCAUCGACCUGCUCCAGGAGUAUGUCGCCGAGAAGCUAGAGUCCAGGGGUAACACGCUCCUGCAAGAGCAGCUGGCGCAGCUGGCUUUGAGGCCGGCUAAGAAGGAGAAGAAGAAGAAGGAAAAGGGCGAAAAGCCCGCAGCGGCGCCUGCGCCUGCGCCUGCGCCGGCGGCGGAAAAGGUCGAGUAG